GUGGUGAUGGAACCUACUGCCGUGACAAUCGACAAUGUGGCCGAGGAGCAUUGUCUCCAGACUUUUUACUGCCGUGGGUGAACUUCUCUCCAAUGUUCCCACUCGAUCGAAAUAUGUCCUCUGCAAGUCAACGACCACCGCCACCAUCGUCACAUCUUCACCACAAUCAAUACAACCAUGCACCACUCUUCAAGAAUGCGCAAGGUGGAUUGAAUUAUCAUGGUGCUACGCCUCCAAGAAGGACGGUAUCAACUGGAUCUGCGAAUUACAGACCACCAAAUAAUUAUCCAUCACGCUCUGCUACUAGCAUGUCGAUGUAUCAAAAUUCAAGUCAGCCGGUUGGAGUGACCAGUAACCAGAAAACGAGGAAACCAUAUUUCAUGCCAUAUAUGAGUCUUGAAGCUGUAACAAGAGGCUUGGCAAAUGGUGAUUUGGUAAAGGGAUCACUUCGUGUUAAUCAGCGCAACUAUGAGGAGUCUUAUGUGGACAACCCAGAUGGUGAUGACCAGCUUGAUCUUCUCAUCCUCGGAGUACAUGAUCGCAAUCGCGCUUUACAUGGAGAUGUUGUCGUAGUGCGCGUUAAGGAGAGGAUGAACUGGGUGGUAAGGGCAGAAAUCAUAAAUCAUUGU